CAAGGCAGCAGAGGAGCAGAGCGCUGCCUGAACGUGCUGCUCAGCAAAGGAAGAAGCAGAAGCGACUGGUGCUAAGUUCGUGAUCAACGUGGCCGUCAGGUUGAAACGCAGCCAGCUGCUGUGCUCAUCGUACAUCUCCGCAGACAUUUCCAAGUUAGAAAUGAAGCAGCGUCUGAGCUCUCUGUGGCUGCUAUGAAAGUCCCUGGCGGAAGAUCUGUAGUGGCAGCAUCCGAGUGGAUCUCUGGAACGGUGGCAACUAAAGCAGGGCACCCUGCAGCUUUGUGUAGAGGUCUCUGUGCCACAAAUCAGAGUUCUCUGUCCAGGUUCAGCACCAGCGCCACUACUGCAGCAUCAUUGGAAUCCACCUCAGGACGACCUGAGACCGAGGUCUCACAUGAUGCCUCUAAGAAGAACCAAUGGGCAUGGCGAGCGGGGGCUGUGGGGCUCUUUGCUGCGACUGGGAUUGCCGCAUCUUACGCUGUCGAUGACUUGCUGACCUUCAACAAAUGUAGAAGCCAAGCUAUGGAGGUGGCCGCUGCCGACGCCCGGCUGCAGCAGAUCCUGGGUGACGACAUUGCGAGCGGUCCGUGGUACGAGGGAUCCCUCGGGCGGGGCCACAGUGGGCACUCCGCCUCGUGCAGCUUUCCCAUCUCGGGGUCCAGGGGGACCGCCACGCUGCAGCUGAAAGCGAUUCGUUUCGACGGUGGCAGCACGUUGUACUACAACCUUGUUGGGCCAGGCAGAUGGGAGGUCCUCAUGCUGGAUGCUGAAGUAGCCCGACCCAAGGAGACGACUGGAGCGCAGCCAAAUGGCCCGAGUAAAGUCAGGAUAAACCUCAUGCAAAAUGACGAUGGGCCACGGGCGGGGGACUCACGCCGAGGUGACUGUUUGCCGUGCAGCAAUGGUGACCGUGGAUUGACAGUCACUUGAUACUUAGUGACGCUGCUGUAUUCUGAUCAAGAAUGAGUCAGCCUGGCUAAUGCCCGUUAGCGGGCGUUCAUCGAUCGAGCUCUAAAUUGUUUUCUGAAUGACAGUAGAGGAGC